CGCAAGUGGUGAACUUUUGAUUUCGUUAAAGCUCCCAAGAAGUGCUCGGCCGGAGAUCAGUCGCACAGGAGACGUCGCAGCGUGAGCACGCGAAUUCCACCACUUAGCAGUGGCGAUCAUUGGCGAUCGCCAUCCACCCACCUACCCCCCAGUUGUGGAUCUUCUCGGAGGAUCACCGCUCUUUUCGUUCGUUGUGAGUUUUGCGUUGGGGGAGUGAAGAGCCGAGUCCGAAUUUGUACACACAGCCCCACAGAGCGUGGACCGCGCCAGAUUGGGGAAGAUCUGUGAGAGUGUGUGCAUUUUCGGCUGGAUCAAGAAGAGGCAUUCGGAGAAGAAGACACCCGCAGGGAAAACCGACCGUUGGGCCAAUUUUUCCGUUCAGUUAGUCGCGAUUAGUGGCGUCGUGUGGAUUCCGGUGUAGAUCUCUCGGAACAGGUCGUCGGGCGGUCUUUCGUGGGAUGAUGGUGGCAAAAGUUGCUUGAUAUUUAUGCGCAAAAUUAUGACCUAAGCCGCGGAUUUAUUUUUUCGCUGAGAGGAGAAAGUGAUUAAUUGAAUUUAUUAGUGAGGAAGGAAGUGAAACCAUCAAUUGAAGUGAUUUGCCAGCAGAGCGCGGUGAUUGAUUCAAAAAGCAAAAGUGCAAUUCGGAAGGACGGAAACGAGAAGUGCAUUUGUGAAGAGCGAGAGAAGCACAGGAGGACCCCGACAGUCGCGGUUCAAGAUGACGAAGUGGAGGAACGCAAAGCUGCUUAGUCUAAGCAUAUGUCUAGUCACACUGGUUAGCCUAACGAAUGGAGCCGACCUGAAAGAUCGAGCCCGUGCAGCGCUACUGCUGGAGCGAUCGACGGGCAAGUGCAAAGUAGGAAUAUCGCAACCAUGUCCACCGAGCAAAUUCCGCUCGGCAUCGGGCGAAUGCAACAACUUCAACCACCGCUACUGGGGUGCCCGAGGUGAUCCCUUCCUGCGGCUACUCGAACCAGACUACGCCGAUGAUCGCAUCAAACCGCGUACCUCGGUGGGUUCACAUGCCUUGCCUGCUCCGAACACGAUCAUCGAUCAACUGCAGCGAUCGAUUCCGGUCGGAGCAGUACAUCCACAUGUAACCGCCAUGCUUCCAGCCUGGGGUCAACUGCUUUCGUACGAUCUUGUCCAGAUCCUGUCGCCACAUUCCAGCUUCCGUUGCUGUCGAAACGACUCAACUACCGCCGCAACCGAUGAGAUUAUCCAGUGUUACGUCCGCACUGGCGAGGGCUGCAAGGAGUACAAACGAUCGAUCCCGUCCACAGAACCGGGAACCUGCAAGUUCGAGUACCGCGAUCAGAUGAACGCCGCCUCCGGCUUCUUGGAUGGCUCGGGCUUGUACGGAACUACAGAAAAGGAGAUUCUUGCAUUGAGGACAUUCACCAACGGAAAGGUUGACAUCAAGGCUUGUCUACGAUGCAACGAACCUGGCGCAAUCGGAGCCCUGCACACGAUCUUGCUGAAGGAACACAACCGAAUCGCCGACGAAAUGUCCAAGCUGAACAAGGAGUGGAGCGACACGACCCUAUUCUACGAAACUCGCCGAGCGGUCAUUGCCCAGAUUCAGCACAUCACCUACAACGAGUUUCUGCCGAUCGUGCUCGGAAGCCAAAUUGCUAACAGUCCUGAUCUAAGAAUCGAAAACGGCAAACACUACACCGGCUAUUCGUCAUCCAACCGCGCCGGAGUGUUCAACGAAGUCGCCGUCGGAGCCAUUCCCGCAUUCCUAACUAUGCUUCCACCGGAUAUGUACAACGAAUCGGCUUCGGCAGAGAUCCUCAUCUCUACGCCGUCCAUGCAGCAAACCUUUAUCCCAGACCAUGCCACCUUCAACGACGAGUGGACACCCAUCGCUUUGGCCCUGCAACGUGGACGUGACCACGGAGUACCAUCCUAUCACAAGGCACUGAACCUGUGCGAGAAGCGCUUUGGAAUUCCUUACGGAUCCAAGCUGACCUUCGACGAUAUGGAGUACUUCGGUCUGUCACCCGAAAAGAGGAAGGCCUUGGAGAAGAUCUAUCAGGACGCCGAAGACAUUGAUCUGCUGGUUGGAGGUCUAUCGGAAACCGCCACGCUGGGCACUGUAUUUGGACCGACGUUGACCUGCCUGCUCGCCAUCCAGUUUGCCAACCUUCGCAACAGCGAUCGCUUCUGGUAUGAAAACGAUCUUCCACCGUCCUCGCUGAAUCUGCCACAGUUGCAAGCCAUCCGCCGUGUAACUCUGUCCGGACUUCUCUGCGAAGCCAAGGGAGUAUCCAAGGCUCAACCGAAGGCAUUCAUUCGUGAAGAUCCCUACCUGAAUGCCCGCCUCAACUGUGAACAACUUUCCGGUCUGGAUGUUACCCCGUGGCGAUCGGAGAUCGUCGAAGAGGUCGAUGAAGACUUGGAAGAGCAAACCCCGGCACCACCGGAGCUGGCCGAACUGAACAUUGACGUGAUCGAGAAGGCGAUCGCCAAGGCUAAGGAUCAGCUGAACGAGAGGAAGCGUUUCGAGUACGAGUCGUGGGUUAAUCGGGGAGGAAUUGAUGCCAAAUCUCCAGCUGGUACUGCUGCUUCCUUCAGUAAGGCGAACAAGAACGCGUUGAUCAUUGCCAACACAUCUCUGCUCUUCGAGCUGGCUUCCAAUGAAAUCCUCAGCAAUUUGCAUUCGAUCCGUCGUCGCAAGCGUCAGAUCUUCGAUAACAACCUGGGCAACUUCGGAGGAGACGAUUUCAGCAACGCUCUGCAGUCGAUCGACGUCAACCAGUUCAUCACGGGAUCUAUCUCGCCGAUCAACUUGGAACCACAGUGCGAAAAUUUGGAAGCUCCCUGCGAUACGGCAACUCCGUUCCGUACGUUAACAGGUCACUGCAACAAUUUACGAAGUCCAAAUCUAGGUCAAUCUUUGACUACCUUCGCUCGUCUGCUGCCAGCUGUUUACGAUGACGGAAUCUCGCAACCCCGUAGUAUUGCCAUCUCUGGAAACCCACUGCCAAAUCCACGUACCAUCUCUUCCCUGAUUCAUCCGGAUAUUUCUAACCUUCAUACGCGGUAUUCUCUCAUGGUUAUGCAGUACGCACAGUUCCUCGAUCACGAUCUUACCAUGACACCGAUUCACAAAGGCUUCCACGAGUCCAUCCCAAGUUGCCGAUCGUGCGAUUCUCCGCGUACCGUGCAUCCAGAGUGCAACCCAUUCCCUGUACCACCACGUGAUCACUACUACCCAGAGCUGAAUGUUACCAGUGGUGAACGUCUGUGCUUCCCAUUCAUGCGAUCGCUGCCAGGUCAGCAAACUCUUGGUCCCCGUGAACAAAUUAACCAGAAUACCGCCUUCCUGGACGCUUCCCAAGUCUACGGUGAAAACGGCUGCGUUGGCAAAGGACUUCGUGGAUUCUCUGGACGUCUGAACUCUACGAUCCACCCCAUCCGAGGAAAGGAACUGCUGCCCCAGACACCAAUCCACCCUGAAUGCAAGUCCCCAAGUGGCUACUGCUUCGCUGCAGGAGACGGUCGUGCUUCCGAACAGCCAGGUCUUACCGUGAUCCACACCAUCUUCAUGCGUGAACACAACCGUAUCGUCGAAGGUCUCCGUGGCGUGAACCCUCACUGGAACGGCGAUCAGCUCUACGAACACGCUCGCCGUAUCGUCAUUGCCCAGAAUCAGCACAUCACCUACAACGAGUUCCUGCCACGUAUUCUCAGCUGGAACGCUGUCAAUCUCUACGGACUGAAGCUGCUUCCGCAAGGAUACUACAAGGACUACAACCCAACGUGCAACCCAGCGAUCGUCACCGAAUUCGCAGCCGCAGCUUUCCGUAUUGGUCACUCUCUGCUUCGUCCGCACAUUCCUCGGCUAAGCCCACAGCACCAGCCUAUCGACCCGCCAAUCCUCCUCCGCGACGGUUUCUUCAAGAUGGACAUCUUCACCCAACAGGCCGGAUUGAUCGACGAGAUUGCCCGAGGAUUGGUCGCCACCCCGAUGGAAACCUUGGACCAGUUCAUCACCGGCGAAGUCACUAACCACCUGUUCGAGGAUCGCCGCAUUCCGUUCUCCGGUAUCGAUCUGGUCGCUUUGAACAUCCAGCGUGCCCGUGAUCAUGGCAUUCCGUCGUACAACAACUACCGCGCGCUGUGCAACCUGAAGCGCGCUCAGACCUGGGAAGACCUGGGCCGGGAAAUUCCUCCGGAGGUGAUCUCCCGCCUGAAGCGUAUCUACAACAGUGUGGACGACAUCGAUCUGUUCCCGGGUGGCAUGUCCGAGCGUCCGUUGCAGGGCGGUCUUGUUGGCCCAACCUUUGCCUGUAUCAUCGCCAUCCAAUUCCGACAGGCCCGGAAGUGCGAUCGUUUCUGGUAUGAAAACGACGACCCAACGACCAAGUUCACCGAAGCUCAGCUUGCCGAACUCCGCAAGACUACGCUGUCCAGGAUCAUCUGCGAGAACCUGGACAUCCAGGGUGAUAUGCAGCGUGCUGCUCUUGAUCUGCCAAGCAACUUCCUCAAUCCACGUGUCCCGUGCAGCUCAAUGCAACAAAUCGAUCUCAGUGCCUGGCGGGAGAAUGUAGUGCAAGGCUGUCACAUCGGUGGCAAGCAUGUCGACGUGGGAGAUUCGGCCUUCCCUUCGCCGUGUACCAGCUGUAUCUGUACAAACGAGGGCCCUCAAUGUGCCUCGCUCCGCAUCACCGACUGUGCCCAGCUGGCCCGCGAGUGGCCUCGGGACGUGAUCCUCCGCGACGAUGUCUGCAGUGCCCAGUGUGGCCUAGUGCUACAGAACGGCGGUCCCCAAGGCCGACAGCUUCCCAUCAAUCUGCGAGGGCAGAAUUCCCAGCGAGUGUCCCGCUCCCGGGUCGUCCAACAGCAGACGUCCGUCCCGAUCAGCUUCCAGGGCUUCCAGUUUCCCGAUCUGACGCAGUUCAUCGGUUAAAUUCGGAGGGCUCCUCUCGGUGGGAGAUCCGGACCAAUGAACCCAUCUCAACACAACUACUAUUACUACUACUAAUAUACAUUAUCGUUGUUGUAAAUAUUGAGCGGCCAUAUUACUACCACUGUUUCUUUAAACAUCUUAUUCUCUAGAAAGUGUAUCGACGAAUCAACAAACUGCCCUUUAGUAUGAUUCUUUUAAUUAAUGUACACACUCCUGUACGAACGUAAUCAUAAAACGUUGUUUUAUUGUAAAUAUUAGAGUAGACCCUAAGAAAUCGAAAAGCAAACUGUUACUAUCUUCUGCUUCAGUUUCUACUUCUAUUUAAACCUAUUCAACUAAAUUAUAAUCGAAAGGAAAAAAAAACAAGAACUCCCCACCAACCAAUGAAUUCGGGGAGAAAAUUCAAAUACCAUAUCUCAAUCAAACAAAUCGAACGAGCACAAAUUCAAAUCGUGAAACAACUUAGUGAUAAAGAAAAGAAAAAAAAAACAAUGAUGAUAGAAAAGCAAAAAACUGUUAGGUUAGAUGUUAAGCAUACCAGUACUCGGAGUAAACUCGAAUCCGAAUAGUUUUAUAAAGUCUGCGUACGAAUCGAGCAAGUGGGCCUUACUCAACCUCAACAAGCAUGGAAAGAUGGGCACUUCAAAGAAGAAAAACAAAACUUUCGGAAGUUGCGUUUGUAUUUGUGACUUUAUGCUAGUAUUCGUGUUUUGUGCUAGGAAGGAAACAUUUUAAAUAAAGUGUAUUUAUGAUUUAAAUUCUAA